AUGUUACCAUUAUUUUCCACAGACUCUACAAAUCAUGAAGAACUGAGAAUCAUCCUGGUUGGUAAAACAGGAUCAGGAAAGAGUGCAUCUGGAAACACCAUUCUGGGGGAUUCAACUGCUUUCAAAGAGGGCAUGUCACCUGAGUCUGUUACUGACGGCUGUCUCAGAAAAGAGGUAGAAAAAGGUGGAAGAAAAAUUGUUGUGAUUGACACUCCAGGGCUGUUUGACACAAGCAAAACACAAGAUGAGGUGAAAGCAAAAAUUGAAGAGUGCAUUGAACAGUCAGUUCCUGGACCACAUGCUUUCCUUUUAGUCAUCAGCCUGAAGUCAAGGUUCACACAAGAGGAACAGGAUGCUGUGAAGUGGAUUGAAGAAAACUUUGGUUCAGAUGCUUCCAUAUACACCAUAGUUCUGUUUACACAUGGUGACCUGCUGCAGGAUAAAUCAGUGAAAGACUAUUAUAAAGAAAGCAUACAUCUUAGAACACUGAUAAACAAGUGUGGAGGAAGGUACCAUUCACUCAUCAAUAAUCAGAAAGAAAGCAGAAAACAGGUCAAAAAUCUUCUAGAUAAAAUAGAGGAAAUGGUGGAAUUGAAUGGAGGAAGUCACUACACCAAUGAUAUGUAUGAGACAGCCCACAAGAGGCUUGAAGAAAGGGAAAAGAGGAGGAGAGAGGAAGAGCAAAGAAAAAAGGAAGAGGAAGAGGAAAAGCAAAGAAAAAGGGAAGAGAAAAAGCAAAGAAAAAGGGAAGAAAAGGAGAGGAUCAAAUUAAACAAGUGGUGUAAAAUGCUUGGUAUCGCUUCCGUGGGAUUAUUUGGUGCAGGAGCAUACUUUUCAUCAUAUGCUCUCAUGGCAAUAGGGGGAGCACUUGGAUAUUCUCAGUUAAAUUGCACAAUGGAAAUGUUUACUUAAGUAUAUGAGGUAGGACCACUAAACCUACACCAAUCCUCCAGCAAAGAAAAAACAAAGAAAAAAAUAAGUCAUGCAUCCAGUGAUGGUUGUACUUUUUAUUAUAUAAUACUGUGGUGCCAUUUCUGACCAAUCACUUGACAGGGUUUUCUGUUACAUAAAACUGACUACUUAAAAAAACAAAUACUUUGUAGUGUGUUCAUAUAGCAUAUUUAUUUUACUCUACUGAGUCAUUUAUAUGAUCCUUAGUAUAACUCAACUUCUAUCAUCUUCUGUCAUAUAGACAGAGGAACUUGGAA